AUGCUCGCAAACAACACCCGGGGCGUAGUUUGGAACAGGGACGAUCCCUUCACGCGAAUGAAAACCGUAGUCCAGUGGUACCUAUCCGGAUUCUACAAGAAACCGAAAGGUCUCAAGAAACCCUACAAUCCGAUCCUGGGGGAAACGUUCCGCUGCUACUGGCAGCACGAAAACGGCAGCCGAACGUUCUACAUUGCCGAGCAGGUGUCGCACCAUCCGCCAAUAUCCGUGUUCUAUGUGACGAACCGGCAGGAUGGAUUCUCCAUCAGUUGCAGCAUUCUGGCCAAAUCGAAAUUCUACGGCAACAGUACUUCGGCGAUACUGGAAGGGGUCGCAACGUUGACCCUUUUGCCACGAGGUGAAUGUUACACGUUGACGGUUCCGUAUGCUCACUGCAAGGGUAUUCUAAUGGGGACACUUUCCAUGGAGCUGGGUGGGAAAGUAUCGAUCGAAUGCGAAAAUACCGGCUACAAGACGGAACUUGAGUUCAAGUUAAAACCGUUCUUAGGAGGCAACGAGUAUACCAACCUAGUCACGGGUAAGCUUAAGCUAGGCAAGGAAACCCUAGCGACCAUUAACGGCCACUGGGAUGGGGAGAUUAGGAUCAAGGAUACACGAACCAAUGAGGAAUCGGUACUGUCCAAUCCAACGCCAGAGGUUCGUGCCAAACGGUUGCCUCGUUUCGUGGUGCCAAUGGAGUCACAAGGUACGAACGAAUCGGAACGAUUGUGGCAGCAUGUCGCGGCUGCCAUCCGGCGAGACGAUCAGGUUGGAGCGACCGAAGAGAAAACGGCCCUAGAAGAAGCACAGCGAACGGCGGCCAAGGAACGGAAAGCUACCUGCACCGAGUGGGUGCCGAUGUUGUUCCAGCAGGAUCUUGUAACAGGGCAGUACCACUACAAAUACGCCGAUUUGCGCCCGUGGGACCCGCGGAAUGAUUUACGACAGUACGAGUGCAACUAUCGCAUCCAAACGAAAACCCGCCAUCAGGCCCCGAUGGUGCGAACAGCGUCGGUUAUCAGCACCGAACCGCUCAGUAUUCUGCAGGCAGAAUCACGCAGUUCGCUGCGCAAGGGCAUUGCGGUGGCCGGAGCCGUUCUGAAAGCACGCCAAAUCUCAUCCAACACUUCCACGCCGGAUCUGAACGAUCCCAACUCGGACUCUAGUCAUUCGAACGAACAUACCAACAGUAUCUCAAAUACUAGGGUGAUGCAUGCGCUGGACGACAUCAACAAAAAGCUGGAGGAGCACUCGAAGAAGCUGUCAAAGCUUCAGCUGGACAUGGACAAAAUUAACUGGGCACCGAGAACGGCCGUAGGCAGCCGAAAUGGGCUACUGGCUUCGUCUAAUGUGAGGGCCCUAGCAUUCGCAGUAGUGGGGCUGCUGCUGCAGGUAUUUAUCGUCUGGUUUCUAACGAAACGAUCUCUUGCGAGUGGUGCGCCUCCGUCGUCCGGAACACCGGCGGCAAAUGGCGGUAGUCAGUAAAGUGAUAGUUCUACGGUUAUUUUCUAUUACAUUUUUUAAACUGGUCAUGUUUAUUUGGGGGAACAAUCAGUAUAAUAUUGGUAAAUAGUUGUUCGUUGUGAAAAGAUCCGAAUGAUCAACAUUAUUAGAGGCGGGUUGGUUCGGAAUUGUUCUGAUGGGCUACGAUACGGUCCGAUAGGGCCAAUGAAUGUGUAUGUGUGAAGCGUUUUUUUGUUUUGAAAUGUGUUCAGCGGUUAUUUCAAAAUUGUCUUCAACAAAAAUCACACUGAUUGUGUUCUUUCUCGUUUGAUUUAUUUUUAUACAGUUUUAUACAAAAGACCCACAUAAAUACUCGUUGAACGAUUCGAAACCAUGUCACUAAGACAAUUUUCUAGAGCUAUAAAUCUAAACAACAAACUAUAAACUCCAACACACCCAGCAAAGACACCAACCACAAGUCGCUUUUUACGAUUUCUGAUAACAAUCAACACAUAUCUCCCAGAAGCCAUAAUAGAAACGCAAAAGUUCCAUUUCCUAACGCCCCUAUGCCACAAACCGUUGAGUCCGUGGUGGGAGCUUUUUCGCCAUCAUUCACUGCUCCAUAUACUGAACAGUUUUUACUGGAGGGCUUUGAAAGCGAAAAGCUUACAUUUAUCGACAAACAUACACAAAUUACAUACAUUCCCCACGUGGCUUAGAACAUAAUCGAAUAUUUUUGGCAGAUUUUUUUCGAUUUUUAUACGAACAAAAACGUUGGUUCGGCUUGGCACUUUUUUAUAAAUCAAAUUAAGUCAUCAAUUGGGGACCAAAUAUGCUUCCCUACCUAUUUCAAAUUAUUAAGAAUAACUAUGUACUAUUAGUAAGUCUAACAAGUAUGCAAUAUUACCCGUUGGUAAGAGUAGACAGGAUCGAGUUUUUUCUGUGGUAUCAGGUUUACAAACAUAGACGGUAUAGGAACAAGUCAGAUAAUCAAUUUCUCUAAUGUUUAGAUAGCUUCAUCACACUGAUAACUGAUUUUGUAGUGGUUAAGAUUCUACUUUUUCUACUAGCUCCCAAGUUCGUCAGUAAGUCAGUCCUCAAAAAUUUAACUAUUUUUUGUGGUACUGCUAAAUUAACAUUAUCGAAUAGAAAUCAUGUCAUCCCCUUCUAUGGUUCAAGUUUUGAUGUAUUGUAAACAUAAAGUGUAAACAAUUUGUAAACUUCAUACUGACAUAGGUACUGCCGAUCUGAUUAUUUUUAGAGCGGACAGUUCUAAGCAUAACAACUAACAACCACAACAGCAGAGUUAAUAAUAUGCCAUUUGUUCAUGAACGAAAGUCAACUGAACUCAGUCAGCAUGCAGCGUUACACAAACAUGAUAAACUUAACUACUGGUAACACAAAUUAAAUAAAAGUUCUGCUCCGUGUGGCAGAUCAAAUAUACUAAUAUUCAUCAAAUUGUUAUUGAAAGGAAUAAAGCUUACACUGGUUACAAGA